AUGCGUCAUAAUCACCAGGAACGCCCGAACAUAAACCUAAUAAAUCCACGCCGAGAGAAUGAGAGCAACCUCAAAUCACGCCCAUCAACACUCAUCCCUUCCCUCCCUCACCCCCCGCCGGACCAUUACGUCGCCAACACAGACCUUCACCCUACGCCCCAUACCCCAUCCCCUACCCCUACCCCCGCACCACAAGAAACCACCUGCCCACCCAACCCAGCAAUUAACACAGAUAACGAAGAUCUCUACAAGCAACCGUAUGCUCUUAUCGCCCUAAAAUACUCUUCUCCUUACGACGAUUUUGAAAUCCCCGCCACCCACUCCUUAUCGUACUCGAGACAGCAGAGGCGCAUUCAAAAUACAAUUCAAAAUACAACUAAGUUAGAAAUCUCCGAGCACGACACAUGGUACCCUUACUUCUUAUAUCUGACGCCCACCGCCACAUCACAAGGACUCUUGAUAGACAGCGCAGGUGGACCCAAGAGGAGCACACGGCGCUCCAGCGAUUGCCUGCGCUGUUUCUUCCCCGUUGUGUCUCUGGCUCUCACUUUCUCCCUAUCGACAGAAACAAUAGAAGCAACAGCAGCAACAGAACCCACUGUACCAACAGUCCUAACAGAACGAAGAGUCCUAACAGAACCAACAGUACUAAUAGAAACAACAGAACCAAUAGUCCUAAAAGAAACAACAGUACCAACAGUAAUAACAGAACCAACAGUCCCAACAGAACUAACAGUACCAACGGAAACGACAGAACCAACAGCCCUAACAGAACUAACAGUACCAACAGAACCAGCAGUCUUAACAUUACCAACAGAAACAACAGUCCUAAAAGAACCAAAAGUACCAACGAUGGCAAAAGUAGAAGCAAAACCAACAGAAGCAAAACCAACAGAACCAAAAGUACCAACAGCACCACAGAACCACCUGUACCACCACUACCAACCCAGUCGCUUUCACGAGCUGCGCGGCGACGGUGCGGCCUCUUCCGCAACAUAA